UCUUCUGUUUCUCCACGCAGCUCAGCUGGGGCCCGACCGAGAAGCUCCCCCUCUCCCUUCCUGAAGCGCUCACCAAUGACAUGCAGCGUGGGGAGGAGACUUGUGCAUGAAUACUGCUCUAGUGUUGACCAACUUCGCUCCCAAACAGCCACAGGUCGAACUCCAGCAGUCCGGCACGCACGACUAUCCGCACAGCCGCCAUGGCGACGCCGCUCACCGACCAGGAAAAACGCAAGCAGAUCAGCAUCAGGGGCAUCGUGGGGGUGGAAAACGUGGCCGAGCUCAAGAAGGGCUUCAAUCGCCACCUGCACUUCACCCUGGUCAAAGACAGGAACAUCGCAACGACCCGGGACUAUUACUUUGCCCUGGCGCACACCGUGAGGGACCAUCUAGUGGGGAGGUGGAUCAGGACGCAACAGUUCUACUAUGAAGCAGACCCAAAGAGGGUUUAUUAUCUGUCUCUGGAGUUCUACAUGGGCAGGGCGCUUCAAAACACCAUGAUCAAUCUGGGGCUGCAGAACGCCUGCGAUGAAGCCAUCUACCAGCUUGGCUUGGACAUGGAGGAGCUGGAGGAGGUUGAGGAGGAUGCAGGGCUUGGGAAUGGAGGUCUGGGUAGACUGGCAGCGUGUUUCUUGGACUCCAUGGCCACACUCGGCCUUGCAGCAUAUGGCUACGGCAUCCGAUAUGAAUACGGCAUCUUUAAUCAGAAAAUAAGAGAUGGCUGGCAGGUGGAGGAGGCCGACGACUGGUUGAGACACGGAAACCCAUGGGAGAAGGCUCGGCCUGAGUACAUGCUGCCGGUUCACUUCUAUGGACACGUAGAGGAGACCAGAGACGGUCCCAAAUGGGUCAAUACUCAGGUUGUGUUGGCAAUGCCAUACGACACGCCCAUUCCCGGCUACAUGAACAACACUGUGAACACCAUGAGACUGUGGUCGGCCCGCGCGCCCAACGACUUCAACCUGAAAGACUUUAAUGUGGGAGAUUACAUCCAAGCAGUUCUGGACCGAAAUCUGGCAGAGAACAUCUCCCGUGUGCUCUACCCAAAUGACAAUUUCUUUGAAGGGAAGGAGCUUCGGCUGAAGCAGGAAUAUUUUGUUGUAGCAGCUACGCUCCAAGACAUCAUCCGCCGGUAUAAAACAACUAAAAAGGGCGUCCCAGGCCGCACUUGCUUUGAGAGCUUCCCGGACAAAGUGGCCAUCCAGCUGAAUGACACUCAUCCUGCCAUGGCCAUCCCAGAGCUGAUGCGAAUCUUUGUGGACAUUGAAAAACUCAAAUGGGAAACUGCCUGGGACCUCACCAGGCGUACAUUUGCCUACACCAACCACACCAUUCUCCCCGAAGCUCUGGAGCGCUGGCCCGUGGAGCUGCUUGAGAAGCUGCUGCCCAGACACCUGCAGAUCAUCUACCAGAUCAACCAGGCUCAUCUUGAUAAAAUUGCUGCUCUCUUUCCAAAAGACAUGGACAAACUGAGGAGGAUGUCUCUGAUCGAGGAAGAUGGCUGCAAGAGGGUGAACAUGGCACACCUGUGCAUCGUGGGCUCUCAUGCUGUCAAUGGAGUUGCUGAGAUACAUUCCAACAUCAUCAAGACUAAAAUAUUCAAAGAUUUUAGUGAUCUUGAGCCGGGGAAGUUUCAGAACAAAACCAACGGCAUCACUCCCAGACGCUGGCUGCUGCUCUGCAACCCUGGACUGGCCGAGCUCAUCGCCGAGGUGAUAGGAGAAGAUUAUGUGAAGGACCUGAGCCAACUGAAGAAGCUGAAUGACUUUGUGGAUGAUGUAGCCUUCAUCCGGGACGUCUCUAAAGUCAAACAGGACAACAAGCUGAAAUUUGCCCAGUACCUGGAGAAGGAGUACAGAGUGAAAAUCAACCCUUCCUCUAUGUUUGACGUCCAUGUUAAGAGAAUCCAUGAGUACAAGAGGCAGCUCCUCAACUGCCUGCACAUCAUCGCCAUGUACAACCGCAUCAGGAAGAACCCCUCUGCACCUUUUGUGCCGCGCACUGUGAUAAUUGGUGGAAAGGCUGCACCAGGAUAUCACAUGGCCAAAAUGAUCAUCAAGCUCAUCACCUCAGUGGCUGAUGUGGUGAACACCGAUCCCGUGGUGGGAAACAAGCUGAAGGUCAUUUUCCUGGAGAACUACAGAGUUUCUCUGGCUGAGAAAGUGAUACCGGCCACAGAUUUGUCCCAGCAGAUCUCCACUGCUGGAACAGAGGCCUCGGGAACGGGCAACAUGAAGUUCAUGUUGAACGGAGCGCUGACCAUCGGCACCAUGGAUGGAGCCAACGUGGAGAUGGCUGAGGAGGCGGGAGAGGAGAAUCUCUUCAUCUUUGGCAUGAGGGUGGAGGAUGUAGCUGAAAUGGACAAAAAGGGAUAUGAUGCCAUGUUGUAUUACAAGAAGAUUCCUGAGCUGAAGGAAGUGAUGGAUCAGAUUGCAAGCGGGUUUUUCAGCCCUAAAAAUCCAGAACUUUUCAAAGAUCUCACCAACAUGCUCUUCAAACAUGACCGAUUCAAAGUGUUUGCAGACUUUGAAGACUACUUAAAAAGUCAAGAAAAAGUCAACAAUCUCUUCCAGAAUCCAGUGGAGUGGACCAAGAUGGUGAUCAAGAACAUUGCUGCAACUGGGAAGUUCUCCAGCGACAGAACCAUCGCAGAAUAUGCGACGGAGGUGUGGGGCGUCAAGCCGACCGACCUGAAGAUCCCGCCGCCAAACGAGCCCAGAGAGGCCAUCGAAGAGACGGUCAAGGCUCUGAAGAAAAUGUAAAACUGCUUUAAAAAGGAGCUGCAUUUGUUUACAACCCAUCAGCUGCUCACUCAUGCUUGAGACUUUCGAUAUUUGACUAAAAGCACUGUUACUGUACUCUUUGUUUUUUUAGCACCAACACAUUUAGGAGUCUCUGUAGAAUAACACUCAGGUUAUCUAAUAUUCCUAGGGAGAAGAAUUGUGAAUUCAAUAGGAUCUUAACCACACUCGGGAUACUCGUUUAUUGUGUUCCUAGUUUAGGAUGGAUGUAAAUCCAAUGCAGUUGUUCUGACUGAAGAAAUCGAAUAAAUCAACUAUAAAAUGA